AUGAUAGGUUGUUGUAGAAUCAAAUCAAACGAUAGUACAACAACAGCAGCCACUACAUUUACAUCAUCAUGGUCUAAGAGUAGUAUUCAGAAGAUAAUACCAGCUGACCAAAGUUUAAAUGAGUUACAACAGCAACGGCAACAACAAUAUAACAGAGCUACUACGACUGAACAGAUAGGUUCAAUUGAAGCUACAUUUGAUCUUGACGAAACUUCAUCCACUGUAUCAUCAACACCAUCUCCUAUACUAUCCAAUAUACCUCAAACUUCAUACGACGCGUUCAUCACAUCAGCUAAAACAAGACAUACACACAACUACACCAUUGAUGAGGAAGAUGUCACUUAUAUUACUUCUUUGAAUUAUAAUUACAUGUAUGAAAAAGAUGCUGAAGCUGAAGAUAGUGGAAAGUUUGGUUAUACUUUUGAUUAUGUCUGUGGACAACAAGGGGACGAAGAAGCAGAUUCAUUUGUUAAUGAACGUGAAUCCGAAACAGGAGAACGUCAAUUAGAAUUGUUGAGGAAUUUAUCAUGA